UAAUGGAACAUUCUAACCGGCUGCUGAGUCUGAUCAUUCUGCAAGCAUCGCUUCGGUGAAAAGCAUCGAAUAGAGGUCUAUGGAUUAUAGACAUUAAGGAAGCCUUCGGCUUGAUACUGCACAGAAUCCAAGAUGAACUCCUUUUUUCUCUUAGUGCUUCCUGUGGUCUUGUUGACUGUGAAAGCAAGGCCAAGGGACAGGCUGAGUCGAAGAGGAGCAUACGAUGACUGGAAAACAGUUCCAUUUGUUGACAAUGAGGAGCACAAGGUGUUGGGUGAAUAUGACAGAGAAUCUCAUUCCAGUAAGAAUGUGCAUGAUAAGUAUGAAGCUUUGUAUAAAAAGUAUAACCAAAAGUUAGGUCGUGGAAAUGGUGACGGUAAUGACCUUAAUAGUAAAAAUACAGUGGUCACUAGUCCUGGAAAGCAGGCCAUUUCUAAAGUGACAACUCCUGCAGCAGAAAUAAAAGCAGUUGAAGGUGGAUUAGAAGACAUGAGAAGGUAUGAGGAGAAAACUAGUGAUUCAAAAUCAGAGAAGAAACAAGGAAGAAACCUGCGAAAGAAUAGAAAAAGCAAGAAAGACAAGAAGCAUAGGUCAGUGAAAAAGGAGUUUCCAAAGGAUAGCAUGGAAGAUGGCCUUGAGUUUAACAUGGAGAAGUUUUACAAGGAGAACCCAAACUUCCAUAUAAAUAAUGAAACCAUCAUUGUUAAUGAAGACAAAAUCUUUCAAGAGGAAAAGCCAACAAAUCCUACAUUUCCUGAGCAAGGUGUAAAAGCAACUGAAGAUGCGGCUGUGAAAUCUGAAUUAACUGUAGAAAUUGCAAAGAAUACUGAUAAUGAAAAAAAUGUUUCAGAAAAUGUAAGAAGUAAUGAUGAAAGUUAUGAUGAUUAUAAUCAGAAAGAUACUAUAUAUGAUAUUCAAGAUGAUUUUGAUGAUGCUGUGAGAGCUGGUAUUGACAGUCGGUCCCAUGAUGACAGCAGUGAGGGCUAUGACCACUAUGACCUGUAUGAUGAAGGCCAGGACAGCAGUUACAGCAGCAGCGAGAUGAGGGCAGAGACCGCUAUGGAUGGGCUAACACCACCGGAAUGGUUCAAGAGUUUUGAUAAAAAGGAACAAGGGGAUGAUCCAAAUGCAGGCAUUUUGGGAACAUUGCUGGAUACCAGAACAACAGUAACUGAAAAGGAUAACAUUGAUGCAACACAAGUGAUUGAAAAGGUUGAUAAGAGCCCUAUAGAUUCAAUUCCAAAGACAGAUGUGGAACCCAGUACAAGUCCUAAUCCAGCUACUCCAGCCAAAGAUUUAAAAUCGACAGUAACCCAGCCUGCAUAUUCAAAUUGGGAUGAAAGAGUGAACACAUGGAAUCUCAUUGAAUCUAAACCUAUUGAGUCCUGUCAAGACAACAGUGACUGUGCAGCAGGGCGUAUGUGCAAGUUUGGUCUGUGCCUGUGCGGUCAGCCGGACAUGUGUGCUGGCCACAGCAAGCCUGUGUGCGGGUCAGACGGGCGCCGGUACCCAAGUCAUUGCGAGCUCCACCGGACAGCCUGCGUGCUAGGGGUGCACAUCAAGCUUGACAGAGCUGGCACCUGCCUCACUGAAGAUGACAAAAAAUAUAGAUCUGUUCCAAAAAAGACAGCAAUCAAAGUGGCUAAAGACGAUGACAUGAUGCAACAAGAUGCUUCAUCCCUUGAAUACAUUCUUCCAAAUGGAAAUGGUCUCCUAGCAGAAAGCACCACUGUUAAACCUACAAGUGGCUCUGGUGCCAAUAAAUCUGACAAAAAUGGGAACACAAUUGAUGAUAAUUCUUCAAAUGCUUCUGAGACAACUGUGCAAAUACCUGCUGACGAAAAUAGAGUUACAAAUCAAGUUACCACCAGUAAAGUUAUUGUUGAUAAGAAAGAAUAUGAAAAUGACAGCCUUACUAUUGUGGGCAGUCUAAAUAAAAAUGAUACUCUCAAUGUAGAAAAUAAUUCUACAGACCCUCAGAAUUACGAUGACUAUAACAAUAAUGUCAGCACUGAAGAAAUUGAUAGCGAUGAUCUUCAAGAUAUCUAUAAUGAAAAUAUGGAAAGCAAAUCUGAGCUGAAAGACGAUUACGAUGAUGACUAUGAAGAUGUUUCUGUGAGCAUUGUUGACACGGUGGAAGCUGUAACUGAUAAGCCCAGCCUGGUGCCACUGUACUGCACCCCUGAUCUGUAUGUGAGGUUCAAGGCAGACAUUCUGCAGUACCACUGUAUCUACUUCAAGGAGGAGCAUUGUGAUGGGCAGACGCAGCAAGAAAAGCAGAGAUUGGCUGCCAUCAUGUUCAACUACUACGACAAGGACUUCAGCGGCUAUAUCAACAAGGAGGAGUUAUGGGCCAUGCAGCUGUUGGAGAGAAUGGAUGAGUUGUCUUCCCUUUGCACGCUUCUUGACAUUGUUCUGUUUGAUGAACUGGGACCAAAGGAUGGCAAGCUUUCUGCAGAUGAGUUUAUACAAGCUUUCGACAUCCCAGAUGUGUUGGAGCACAAGACAGUUGUUGUUCCGCUACUUGCUACUGUUGGCAACGGUCUGGAGGUGAAAUGUGAUGUCGCAAACACCAAGGAUGUCAUUUGGAAGAGGAAUAGCGUCGACCUGGCAACCGUGGACUUCCCUGGAAUAACUGUGCUGGGGGAUGGUAGCCUGUAUAUUGAGACCGUUGGUUUCCACGUGGUUGGCAACCUGACUUGUCAUGAUCGCAGGAAGCCGUCCGUCAAGCAGAUCCACAUGCUCACAGUCCACAAACCACCGCAUGUUCAACUACUCACAAAGUCCUUGCACGUACCAGACGGUGUGGACCUGGUGAUACAGUGCCAUGUGGAGGGGUAUCCACGCCCCUCGGUCACAUGGCAUGCACAUGACAGGCCACUGGAAAAUGGGCCAAAAUACCACAUCCAGAGCUAUGAUGACACACUGACUGUGCACAAUGUCAACUAUGCCAUUGACUCCGGGGUUUACACCUGCCAGGUGAAGAACACGGCUGGAAUGGCAGAGGGAAUGGUUACUAUUACAGUGAAUGCCCCUAAUGACACUAAACCAUCAGAUGUUCCACCAGUAGAGGAAAGUUUCCUCAUCUUUCACGAUGACGGCUAUACACUAAAGGAGCCCAGCCAGUGUCUUACACAGCGCCACGUGAAGCCUGACUUUGGCAACUUCUUCUUCCUCCCAGAUGAGCUGGAUGCCCCUCCUUCCCUGUGUGAGCCCGGGAUCCCCUGUGUGUGGGGAGGGGCAGUGAACGUGAAGGGCAUGUUUGUGUAUGUGACCCAGCCCAGACAGAACAGAGUGGUUGUUAUUGAUGUUAAGGAGACACUGAACCCCAAUCAGGUGAUAUCCACUGACAAGAUGCCAGUCUCUCUGCACUACAUGGAACAUUUAGAUGAGGUCUGGGUGCUGUGCUGGAAUGGUGAAGAAAAUGGCGGCUCCAAGACAAUCGUCAUCAUCAGGAAUGCCAGCCAAAAAAUCCAGCACCAUGUGGUACACACACAGCCCAUUGGCAACAGAUAUGAUCAGGUUCAGGACGUAUUCCUUCCACCGAGCAGCGAACUUCACCACCCCUAUCGCUAUGGUUACACAGUGCAUCGUGGACAGGAGGGCAUGUUCAAGGUUGACCUUGACCUUCAGAAGUAUGCCAAGGCUGUAGACCUGACCAAGUUUGAGUGUGUGCCCUUUGCAGUGGCCUUUGUUCCUUUGGGUGGAAACAUUAUAGUGCAGUGCGUUAAGGAGACGUCCUACAACCGGAUUACCAGUCUAUUGACAUUGGACAUGAUCACAGACAUUGUGCUGAACAAUAUGACCAGUGAGGCUGUUGUCUAUGUCAGUCCUGAUGUUGGCAACGUCGUCUUUGUUGAUGAGGCCAGCGGAAACAUUGCAGUGCAUCAGGUGUCGGAAAAUGGAGAGAUUACCCACCAGUUUGAUGUGACCUUGGGGACUCAAGUAGGCAAGGCAACAUUCCACAAGGCCAAUUAUUACCAUGGUUAUGAUCUCUAUCUGACUGGGAAAGUGAAGGAGGUUGUCUUUUCUGUUGGCCUGGACAAUGGAAAAAUCGAAUCAUUUACAGACAUUGGGACACCAGAACAGGAGAUGCUUCUGCCGUGGCUCUCCCAUGACAGACCCCUCAUUUCCGGCGAUAUAUUUAGUGACUACCUGGCGACUACUGCAGACUCGAGCAUGCUGGUCCUGGACAGUGUGCGACACGAGAUCAAGUGUCACGUGCAGGAGUUGCAGCACCCCUCCCUCAUUGUCCACACCCACCUUAAUGAGCACUGAGCGCCAUGUUAUCUGAUUUAUUGUCAUGGUUUAGAAACAAAAUAGAUUGGUAGAAGCUUUGCUUUACAAGUGAGGAAAAGGGGGAAUGUGUGCAAUAUUUUUGAAUUUUUGUUAUUGACUUUUUGUAAUAAUCAUUCCUGUUAUUUACACAUCAGCAGUUUGCAUUUGUUUCCCUUUUGUCAGUGUUACUGAUACUAAUCCAGUGAGCAAUGCAGUGCAAUGUAUUUGAUACAAUCUACAGUGAACAUAGCUCGGCUAGUGUGCUUUUAUGACAGAUUUGCUGUGAUUAGCUGCUACUCAUAAAUAGAGAACGUGUUAUUUAUUUAGUGCACAGGGCACAUUUAUAUGUUAUGUUCUGUUGGAAAAAGACAAAUUUUAAAAUAGUGUGGAUCACAUAUUUUAACAUGCUUGACAAAACAGUAUCAUAAUUACACAAGCAAGACUUAUCAUGUUGUUACUGAAAACUUAACGCACUGUAUAUUAAUUUUAAGUAAAUCACCAGAACACUGUAUUAUGUGAAUUGGGAAUAAGACAUCAAUUUGGGAAUAAAUUGUGUUUUAUCAAAAGUGCAUAAUAUGCAGUUUUAUAUGUUGCAUUUAUCUAGUUUUACAAAUUAUAAUUAAAACAUAUACUUGCAUAUAUAAUAGCAUCAUUUAAAUUGAUUUAACUUCAAAACUGGAUUUUUUAUUAAUUAAAAAAAAAAUCCUCAUGAAAUGAAACUGUGUCCAUGCCGCGCAUGGACACGGUUUAAAAAUACACUGUAAAUGAUACAAAUUCAAUCACUGUUAAUGAAAAAGUCAUGGAAAAUAUCUUAUUAAGCUUAAAUUAUAGAUAAUAUAUUACAAAAAUAUAUGUGGAUCAUGAAAUGAAUAGUUUUGUUUGAGAAAAUCACCAAAAUGAUGUCCAUUCCCAGUUUGAUGUCUUAUUCCCAAUUCACGUAAUAUACACAGUGUUCUGGCAGUAUUAAAUGUUUUUAACUUGUUUUAAUCAUGUUUAAUCAAUAAACAAUAUUAUCAUUUCUGAUGUCCGUACUUCAGACAUUGACAAUCUGAGAUAUUAAUUGCAACAAGUUUCAAAAUUUAUAAUAUAGUAACAUACAUUCCUUAAAUUGAGAAACCUGUUAAAUGUGUGUAAUGAAUUUUAAGAAUAUUUGUAAAGAUUUUGAUUUUUUUGCAGUUUAAAUAUUAAUAUUUGUUAAUGUCUUCUGUUUAAAAAUAAAAUUUUCUGAAAUACUGCUGGACCAAUAUUCCAUGCUUUUGUAAGAAUGCUGAAUGAAAGUAUAAUUAUUGAUGCAUGUUUUUUUUAACAUUUUGGAAAAGCUGUAAUCUGAAUUUUAAUCCCACCGCAUCAUAAAAGUAUAUCCCAUGCACUUUGCCUCAGACAAAAUGAGCAUGUUUUGAAUCUGUUUUACCAUGACCAAAAACAUAAGUCCCAUAAAUACAUGGAGUUUUUAUUGGGAGAAUGUUAACAUUGUCUGUUUGUAAGGGAUCGUGUAAGUUUGUAUGUGGAUGUGUGCAGCAAAAUUUACUUUAAAAAUAACUGGUAAAUCUGGUAAAGAAAGUUCAAGCAAAUACAAGCUUUCACCACUUGGCUGUUGAUUUAAGCGUAAUCGUACCUUGAAUUGAAGAUCAUUUUGUUUAGAUUGUAAACCAAAAUAAUACAUGCAUGAAAAAUUUGUUUACAUAUACUGAAGUCAGAUUUAUAUUGACUUAAUUAUCAUCAAUGUGCAAAAUGUUGUUUGUAUAAUAUGUACUGAUCCUAUAAAUACUUUUAUAGAUGUUGUAGUGCUGCUAAUAUCAAGCUCUUUCACUUUUAUAUUUGUUUUUUCUUUAUACAUAUGACUGCACACUAUCAUAUUUGAUAUUUAACUAAUAAUAAAGUUUCAGAAUGUGUGUGCCAGAGUAUUUUAGUGCAAAACAGUUUUUUUUUACAAGUUCAAAAGUAAUUCCAUUAUCCUAUAGUAGUGGAGUUUUCUGCAAUUAUUCUUAAAUAAUGGAAUAGUGUACUGUAAUUACUGUGUCUUUUAAGUUUCAAUUAGAACAAUACUAAGGACACGCUUCUUUUACUAAAAGUAUUGAGAAUAUAUCUUUUAAUUGUCUGAAUAUAAAGAUGAUGAAAUCACCUUUAUUAAAAAAUCUUCAGAUACAGAAAUAUUUAUUUGUUCAUGUGUGAUGAUUAAUUUGUUUUUACAUAAACAUUAAUUAUCACAUUUUAACUAGUCUGAUAUGAUAAAGCCUGCAGAAUAUAAACAUUAUAAUUUAAGGGAAAAUUGUUAGUGUAACUAAGCCACACGGUGGGAAAAAGGGGUUUUAAGUGUAGUAAUCACAGAUUAGCCUGUGAAGUAAGCACAAGCUAAUUAGGGACCACACUUUUCGCUUAAACUGGAUUUUUGUUAAAAAGAGAUUUCCUUCAAAUGAAAAAUGCCUUAAAAGUGGAAAGUGUUGUCCCUGAAUAGCCAGCGCAGACUGCACAGGCUAAUCUGGGACUACACUUUACGCACAUGCAUUUAACACCAUUUUCCCAGAGCAAGGCUCAUGUGUUUGUCCACCCUCUCUGAGAAGCUAGAUAUUGUGUAUCAAUGUCAAUACUCUGUGAUUUGUAUCUGGUCAUUCCAUUAAUCUCACUUUUAUUUGUAUGUUGUUGUUGUCUAGCUUAUUGUUAUUUGUAUGGUCAUUGCUUUUUUCAAUAAAUGGCCUAAACAAAA